CACAUUCAAUUAACAUAUCUAUGACCUUGCCAUUGAUGAAAUUACCUUGUCUCUUACAUCCACGACUUGACUUACAUUGACUUUGUUCACAACUUUGAUACUUAUAAAAUGCACAACAUGUAAUUUAAGUUUCUUAACAAUUUAAUCUCUCUCUCAAAACAUGAAGCAAACGAUUGUGAUGAAGGUUUCCAUGCCCUGUCAAAAGUGUCGCACAAAGGCACUCAAAGUUGUCGCAUCAGCAAGCGGUGUGAAUUAUGUGGGAUUAGAGGGAGAAGGGAAAGACAAGUUAAUGGUAAUUGGAGAUGGUAUAGAUGCUGUCAAGUUAACGAAUUGUUUGAGGAAAAAGGUUGGAUAUACUGAAAUUGUCAGCUUAGGAGAAGUUAAAGCCAGUUGAAAACAUGUGCAAGAGAUGUAAUUUCCUUUUGUAUUUUCCAUUUUUGUUCUUUUUUGUGUACUUGUCAAAUUUAGUGUUUAGUGUAUAUGAAUGGAUUGUUAGGUAAUGGUGUAUGAAAUCAACAAUAUAAUGAGAUGGAAUAAUGUCAUCA